UUUCAUUUGUCCAUAUUUCCUUUAUAUAUUUUCUUCAAUGCAUGCACACCGCAUAAUUUCAAAGUUUAAAACGAAAUAAAAAUGGGUUCUCUCUCUUUAAUAGUUUUGCUUGGGUCUAUAAUAGUUGUUUCUGCCGGGAAUUUUAACCAAGAAUUUGAAAUCACAUGGGGAGAUGGUCGUGGUAAAAUACUCGAUAAUGAUAAGCUUCUUACUCUCUCUCUGGACCAUAAUUCCGGCUCAGGAUUUCAGUCCAGGAAUGAGUAUUUAUUCGGCAAGAUUGAUAUGCAGCUCAAGCUUGUCCCUGGAAACUCUGCUGGCACUGUCACUGCUUACUAUUUACGCUCAAAAGGGGCAGCAUGGGACGAAAUAGACUUUGAAUUCUUGGGAAACCUGAGCGGUGAGCCUUACACCCUUCACACCAACGUUUAUAGCCAAGGCAAAGGUGACAGAGAGCAACAGUUUCACCUCUGGUUCGAUCCCACUCAAGAUUUUCACACCUACUCCGUCCUUUGGAACCCCCAACACAUCAUUUUCUCUGUCGAUGGGACACCGAUUAGAGAGUUCAAAAACCUGGAGAGCAUGGGCGUCCCAUUUCCAAAAAACCAACCGAUGAGGAUACAAUCAAGUAUCUGGAAUGCCGACGACUGGGCUACAAGAGGCGGACUUAUCAAGACAGACUGGAGCAAAGCUCCUUUCACGGCCUCUUACAGGAACUUUAAUGCCGAAGCUUGUGUCUGGUCCUCUGGAAAAUCUUCUUGCACUUCAAGCUCACCCCCUCGAGGUGAUUGGUUCAAUCAAGGAUUGGAUUCCGGCGGCAAAAAGAAACUCAAAUGGGUGCAAAACAACUACAUGAUUUACAAUUACUGCACUGACACAAAGCGAUUUCCCCAAGGCCUUCCCAAAGAGUGCUCGGUUAAUUAACAUUUUAAACUAUUCGAUAUAUAAUUGUCAAACUAAUAGUAUAUUAUAAAUAUAUUAUAAAUCUGCUUAAUAUUUAUCUAAAUAAUUUUAGCAAAUAUGAUUAAUAUCUUUAGUAAAAAUAUUUACCUAAAUGGCUAUCUAAUUUGUUGUGUUAUAAUUGAGUUCCAAGCAAUGUCGUAUAUUUGAAGCAAUUAGUCUUGGUGGAUUUUAUACAUAUUAUUUUACAAUCUGAAUUCAGAUACAUUAAUCAAUAUAAAGACUUAUAAAGUUUAA